AUGAAUGUGUUUCAAGUUGUAACUAGUCUGGAUACUUUGCUGAUCAAAAUAGCAAAAGUUGCUUAUAGUGCAAUACUAACACAUGCGCUGAGUGUGUUGACACUUAAGAUAAAUGCACAAAAUGUGUUCCAGGUUAUUUCUUUUAUGAAUCCCUAAAUUAAUGUUAUUCAGACUGCCCAUAAAAAACAUAUAAGGAUAUACUUUCUUAAAAAUGUUUAUCUUGUGACUAAAAAACAUGCUUAAAAUGUGAAGGAGGUGGAAAAUGUCUUGAAUGUGAAGAUUUUUUAAACGAAGAUGAUCAUAAAUGCUAUCAAGACUGUCCUAAUGGAAAACAUAAACAAUUACAUUUAUGUGUUCAAAAUUGCUAAACAGGUUAAUAUUUAGAUUAAAUUCAAAAUACAUGUUUUGAUUGUCCAGAUAACUGUGUAGAGUGUCUUUAGAAAAAUUAAUGCACUAAAUGUUUACCUAAUUAUAUGA